AUGCAUUUACGACCAAUCCUCACACAAUUAUCAGAAAAAGUUACAAAAAUCUUCACGGAGAGCGCAACGUUGACAUGUUACACAGAAUAUACCGAAAAGGAGCCAGAAGAAAAUCUCCUUUUAGCCCAAAAUACUGCAUCUAAACUUCGAGAAGCGAUUGAGACCGGAGAAAGCCUUCGGGCAUCACUCGACAAAUACUACAAUCAGUACGUCGAGCUCAUGAACUCUUUGGGUCCAGAAGAAUAUGGACAAGAAGAAGUCCACUACCAAAGUUUACUCAACACACAUUACAUCCCUACUACCCUCGUCAACACACAAGAAGAGUUAAGCCGUCUAAAGAGCGAAUACGACCUCAACAUAGGCCUAAUUGAGAUGCUAAAGAGAAAAAUGAGUGUAAACGUCGCGAUAGAGUCAUCGAACGUCUCAAGAUCACACAGCCCAGCGUCAUUUACAAACCAGACGAGACGGCCGCAACCUCUUAAAUUAGGACCCGUCGAAAAGAUCACCUUUUCCGGCAACGUUCUCGACUAUCCCGCCUUCCGAGAAGCAAUGAAAGUCAUCGAUGCGUCGGAUAACAGUACAUAUGCCAAGUUCCUCUACUUAAAACAGAGUACCAAAGGCAUAGCCUUCGAUGCCAUCAAAUCACUUACUCUCACAGAAUCAAACUACCAACUAGCCAAGGAUCUACUGGAGAAGCACUUCGGUUCAGACGACCUGCUAGUUGAUAGCCUUUUGAAAUCACUUCAAAAUUUACCAGCACCGACCAGAACAGCAGGGAGUUUGCAGAGAUACUACUUUGAGUUAGAAAGCAUACUGCAACAACUUCAAAACCAAGAAGUUCAUACAGACGAUGGCAUCCUGCGCAACAUGAUCACCCAAAAACUUCCUGAUCAAAUUUUAGAACGAAUAAUCCGCCGAAGACACAAAAUCAAAGAGGAGAACAAAGUCUGGAACACAGACGCCUUAAUGAAAGAAUUAAAAAGGAUCAUCGAAGAGAUGUUAGACCUAGAGCGACUACAAGGCAAAAGCAAACAAGUACCAUCGAAGGUUAUGGUGGCGAUAAACCCCUCAAAAUCAAAAGAACAAGGUGAAAAAAUCGCCCGGCCAUGUGUAUUUUGUCAACAUCUCGAUCACUACAGUAAAGACUGCCCAAUGGCAGAUACAGUAGCGAAACGAAAAGACUCCCUGAGAAAAUCCAGACGUUGUUUUAAAUGCUUACAAAAGUGGGAGUCCGGGCACAAAUGUUCCAAAACCUGUUAUUACUGCAAAAAAGAACACAAUACCUUACUUUGUUCACAACCUAAACCCAGGGCUGUAUUUGUAACCAUGGAUGAAGACGCACAAUCCGAAGUCGAAGAUGAUUACCCAUUUUACGACAGCGACCCAGAGACCGACGCAGAUCCCAACGAAACAGAAGAACACGGAGAACCGACUUGGGACGACUCAAUGGUUUGUGUCCUUCGAAGCUCUGGAGAAAAGGCCUUGCUAUCAACCGUAGAGCUAGUAUUGAGAAACCCAGACAACGGCCGACAGUUCCGAACACUAGCCAUCCUCGACAGUGCUUCUGAAACAACGUACAUUACAGAGACCGCCGCCGCAUCUUUGAACCUUAAGAAAAACGCGGAAACAGAACACAAAUCUCGGACCGAAACCUUCGGUGGAACACAACACGUCACCAGAUCGUCAAAAGUAUCCGCUGAGUUUUUACUGUUAAAUGGAGACUCUAUUCCUUUCGUUGCCAGAACCACCCCCUCCAUUGUGAACUUAGUCCGCACUGUCUCCGUUAAAGGAAAGCAAAAAUUAACCGACAAAAAAAGGCCCCAUUUAUUAAUUGGAGGCGACUUGAUCUGGGCUCUACUUCCAGUAAAAAGAGAAAAAACAAAUAAUCCAGAGGUCAUGAAAAUCGAGACGAAAGUCGGGCCGAUUCACCUAUUCUCCGAUGCCUUCCACUUGGGCAAUAGGCAAUUUGAAGACGACGAAAUCGCUCCGUUAGUUCUGCAGGACCUCACCCCUAAAGAGCUAGACAAACAAAUACAGAAACUUUGGACAUUAGAAGGAAUUGGAAUCACAGAACGUGCCGACUCCCGACAAGAAGAUAUCGAAGACGUGACAAAACGUUUUUGUACCCAAAUCGAAGAAAAAGAAGGCCAGCUCCAUGUCAACUGGUUGUGGAAAAAGGACAAACCUCAAGUUCCAGAAAACAAGAAAAUCGCAUUUAGCCGUUUAUUACAAAUGCAGAAACGCGUGUUAGCAGAUGAAAGUCUUCAAAAACUCUUACGGGACUUCAUCAACGAACAGCAACACAGAGGAUUCAUUGAAGAAGUAGACAUGAGGUGCCCCCAGACGGCCCAGUCUCCUACCUCCCCUUCCAACUAG